AUGGUUACUUUAUCAAUAAUAGGCACGGCAGGAAGAGACAAAACCAAAAAAUUGACUUUAGAUCACUUUAAUUAUAUGCACUACAUUGUAGAACAGUUUAUCGACAACAAUAAUCUUCUUGACAAAGAACAAAAAAGCGAGCAAAAAGAUACAAAAUCACUUACACUGGUUAGUGGUGGUGCAGCAUGGGCAGAUCAUGUAGCUGUUGAUUUCUUUUUGAAAAAGAGUGAGAUCUACGAUAAUGAUACUUUGAAAUUGAUAUUAUAUCUUCCUUGUAAGAUUGUGAUUCAAGAUGGUGAACACAGAUACUACGAUUCCGGCAGUAAGGAUUGGAGAGUCAAUCCUGGAAAGAUGUCAAAUACCUAUCACAAAGCAUUCGGGAGUGUAAUUGGAAGAGAUACCAUUAAAGAGAUAGUCGAUACUAAAGCCACACUAGAUACAACAUCAAAAGGGUUCCACGCUCGCAACACAAAGGUAUCUAAAUCAGAUUAUAUCAUAGCAUUCACUUUUGGAGCAGGUGAUCAGCCUGAAGCUGGUGGAACGUCAAUAAAAAUGGUCAAAGGUGAACCUGUUCUUGCAAGAGAUGAGAGACUAAGACAAAGAAACUAA